UAACUCUCGCGCAGUGCGCACGUGUCGCUAGCUACUAACCAACGGCAGCGCGUGUUGCAUCAGUGAGUUGAGUUCUGCUCUUUCUUGGUCCGCUUCAACCAUUAACCGACUCACUACUGCCCGACACAGGUAGCCGGACUCCCUCCCAGCCCCAACAUGUGUGGUAUCUGGGCUUUAUUCGGCAGCGAUGAGUGCCUGUCCGUUCAGUGCACCAGUGCCAUGAAGAUCUCUCACCGGGGACCCGACGCCUUCCGCUUCGAGAACGUCAAUGGUUUCACCAACUGCUGCUUCGGCUUCCACCGGCUGGCCAUCGUGGACCAGCUGUAUGGCAUGCAGCCCCUGCGCGUCAAGAAGUUCCCCUACCUGUGGCUGUGCUACAACGGGGAGAUCUACAACUUCCAAGCGCUUCAGAAGAAGUUUGAGUUUGAAUACCAGACGGAGGUGGACGGCGAGGUGCUGCUCCACCUCUACCAGCGCUUCGGCGUGCAGAAGAUGGCAUCCCUCCUGGACGGGGUGUUCGCCUUCGUCCUGCUAGACACGGCCAACAGGAAGGUGUUCCUGGGCAGGGACACCUACGGCGUGCGGCCCAUGUUCAAGCUGUCCACCGACGACGGCUUCAUGGCCGUUAGCUCGGAGGCCAAAGGCCUGACUGACCUCAGCCACGCCAUGCCUACCAAUGCCGAGAUCAUUCCCUUCCCGCCGGGCCACUUCGAGACCUUCAACCUCAAGACCACGGGCAAGGUGGAGUUGCUGAAGCACAGCAGUGGUCGCUUCCACUGCUGCACCCAGGAGCCUGCCCACUCCCUGUACGACUCCGCCGAGGUCGUCUCCGGUUUUGACGAGGAAACAGUGAAGCGCAACAUCAGAGUGCUCUUUGAGAACGCCGUACGCAAACGCCUGAUGGCCCAGAGGAGGAUCGGAUGUCUCCUCUCAGGUGGUCUGGACUCCAGUUUAGUCGCUGCCACGCUGGUGAAGCUGGCCAAAGAGGAGAAGCUGCCCUACCCCAUCCAGACCUUUGCCAUCGGGGCAGAAGACAGCCCAGACGCCAUGGCGGCCCGCAAGGUAGCCGCACACAUCGGCAGUGAGCACCACGAGAUCAGCUUCACGGCGGAGGAGGGCAUCCGAGUGGUGGAGGACGUCAUCCUCCACCUGGAAACCUACGACAUCACCACCGUGCGUGCCUCCAUCGGGAUGUACCUCGUGUCCAAGUACAUCCGAGAGAAGUCCGAAAGUGUGGUGGUGUUCUCCGGGGAGGGGUCAGACGAGCUCACCCAGGGAUACAUCUACUUCCACAAGGCUCCUAACCCCAAGGCGGCAGCAGAGGAAAGCGUGCGACUCCUGAAGGAGCUCUACUUGUUUGACAACCUGCGCGCCGACCGCACAACCGCUGCACACGGGCUGGAGCUGAGGGUGCCUUUCCUGGACCAUAGGUUCACAUCCUACUUCCUGUCCCUGCCAGAGGAGAUGCGGACCCCCAAGAACGGCGUGGAGAAGCACCUCCUCCGGGACUCCUUCAAGGGCCUGGGUCUGAUCCCCGACGAAAUCCUGUGGAGGAGGAAGGAGGCGUUCAGCGACGGGAUGACCUCCGUGAAGAAGUCUCUGUACACCAGCCUGCAGGAGCACAUGGAGGGCCAGGUGAACGACGCCCAGCUGGAGAAAGCCCACAAGACCUUCGCCCACAACCCGCCCAAGACCAAAGAGGCCUACUACUACCGGCAGGUGUUUGAGAAGUUCUUCCCGGGCCGAGCCCAGUGGCUGACUCACUACUGGAUGCCCCGCUGGAUCAAAGCCACCGACCCCUCCGCAAGAACCCUGGCCAUCUACACGCCGGACAAGGAGCUGAAUCAGUAACCAGGACCAGUCACCACUCACCAGGCCCAGUAACCAGGACCAGUUGUCCGUCCGUCCGUCCCCCCCCAUUCAAUUUGUUAGCUUGUUCAAUAGUUAGAUAGUGCUUAUGUAAGUGUCAGACACCUAGCAGCAGCCUGCUAGACGUCAUCUAUCUACCCGUUCCUCAGAGCGGGCCUUCUGUAGGUAUGAUGAAACCACUACCUGUAGUUUAACAGCAGCACCGCUUCAGUGGUCAGCUGGUCUGGGACAUGGGCAGAAGCUAUUAUCGGGGAGGACCUUAGUCUCAGCUCGGACUCCGUUCUGACUCUGUAGGUGUUGUUAAGGGAUGACUGCUUUGAAAUGUUGACGGUUAUCUGAAUCUUAAUUUAAAACAAACACUGGAAGACUAUGGGUUCAUUAAAAGUGCUUUUUCCUGGC